AUGCCAAUUAAGGCUAAACCCAUUGAUCCUAACAGAGCCCGUCUUGCCGCACGUGGUCAGUGGUCGCAACUAAAUCAAACUACUACACCUUCACGUACUGACAACACACGCAAUGUUUCUCGUAAACUUAGUAGUAAAAAACCCAUUAUCAACAGCAGUAGAAGUAGUAGUAGUAGUAGUACUAGUACAACCUCUAGUGAGUCAAGUAGUACGGCUCGGCGAGGACGUCGUGGGAUGAACAAUAAUGGAGUUAAUACUAAAAAAGUCAAGGGUAAGGAAGAUGUUCCACCGGCGUUUUUAACGAACACACGACCAAUAGAUGAUGAUGAUAGUGCGACCUCAAACAGUGACCCAGAGUUAUACAGAGCGGCACGAGAACGAACAAGACGUUUUCUUUAUCCAAAUGAACGUCCUUUCACAAAGAAAAAUGUGAUCACAAACAGUAAUAGUGGUACUAGUGGUGAUGGCAAGAAUAAUAUAAGUGAUGAAAAAUCAGAAGAGAGUAAAAGCAGUGAUGUCAUGGGAAGAAGAAAUACAUCUGGUGUAUCAACGUCAACUACGGUGGCAGCGGUUAAACCACAGAUGAAUGAAAACAGUCAACCUCAAGAAAAAGAACUGAAAUAUAUCACAAAAAAUACUAAAAAUAAUUCUAUCAAAUCUAAAAAAGAUGAUGAGACUAAUGAUAGUAUGAAUACGGAUAGUAGUCACUCUUCACCUCAGACCGCACCACCGCUUGUUGUACAGGAGGCACUUCGUGGAACCGUUGACUCCACCGACAGUAUAUCACAGCGUGAGUUUUCUCGUUUGCUUGAACUUUUUGCAGAAGACGCUCAAAAAGAAAAGAAUGAGGCACGGAAGGAAAAUGUGGAUGCCCCAACAUCGACUCAAGUCGAGGAGGAUUCAUUCUCUGCACAUGCACAAAAAGAACAACAACAUCAGGAUCAAGAAUCAAAAGGUAUUAAAAGUUAUGUUCGUCCCCCAAGAAAUUUUGCUGAGUUACAAGACAAGACACUUUUACAGAUAUAUAAUGCUCAGGAAGAGAAGGGUGAUACGGAGUAUUUUAUCGCUACAGAUCACACUUCAGAGGCGUUUACGUUAGCUUCACUAGAAGUUGCUGCGGCGAAGGCGGAAGAGACCUCUGGACAGCGGUAUGUAGAUCCAGAAUCUUCCUUCGCAUUAGGUCAGAGAGAUGAAUACAUGCAGCCAUAUGGUACACCACUUUCUCUUAUGGAAAUCGUUAAUGCAGAGCGUACUCGACGUAAUGCAAGAGCGGCACUGCAUAAACGACUGGAAACUGGUGAAGAAACCAUUUCUAACUACAAUGCUGAUGCUCUCAUCUCUGCAGAUGCGGAUGUCCUUGCAGUUACUGCUGAAGAGUCAUUAAAUCGUUUUAUGGCGAGUGUACGAUGUAUAGAGGCUAUAGUGCAUAACCACCAUGUAAUGGAUGAAAUGGGAGGUUUCUUAUUUAAACACCAUAAGUUAUUUUUACAGGCUGGUAUUGGUGAUGGUAAAUCAGAUGAUGCGAUUCGUGAGUACUCACAUGAGGCGUUUGAGGUGUAUGAACGGUUUAGCCGUCGUGUAAGUGCAUUCCUUAUCCAACAGCUUAGACGUCGCGUACCAAAUUUUAAUGUAGAGGAGUUUGUGUUAACUCUCUAUGAUGUGAAUCUUCAACACAAUGAAACUUAUCAACUUGAUAAUAAUAAUAAUAAAAAUGAUGAUGAGGAUGACAAAAAUGGUAAUGAUGGAAGUGUUGAGGUUUAUGGUCCAACGGAGGCGAUGGAUAUUUUAUCAUACCCUGCACGACGUCUAUUACAAUCCAUGUCUUCUUUUAAUGAGUUCUGUGCCUUUAUGGAUGACUUCAUUGCGGAGGAGUACGGUGUGGAAAAGGUUGUGGUAACAGAUGAGAAGAGUGGAGUGGAUGUGAAUGCGAGUUCCUUCCGCACGGCGGAGGAUGAUGUGAUCGUGACAGCAGGAGCAAGAGGCAUUCGAGCACUACUGGCAAAAACAUCACCACCACCACCAGCACCACUAACAACAACUGCUACAACAACUACAACUACAACUACAACUACACUUCGCUCACCAGGUUUGGAACAGGGGAGCACUCUGCAGUUACCAAAGGAGGAUGAGAAUAACAACAGCAUUAAUAUUAACAGUAACAACAAUAACACCAACACCAAAAGGAGUCCUAAUAGACUGUCCCUCAGUAGUCACGGUAUUGGAGGGCUAACAGAUGUAAAACAACAACAACAGCAACAACAACAAGUAUUACUCUUUAAAGAGGGACUCUCUGAUCAUGCCGAGUCGACAUCUGUACUAACUACCAGUUCUCUCUCUACUUUCACUUCCCUUUCACGUGCGAUACCUUCGCAUACACCAACAGUACCACGAGCAUCUGUAGCCUCUUCUCAGCACAGCAAUCAUCAAAACUCUCUCUCAUCAUUUCCCGCACCACAACGGGCUCCACGGCGUCCGGAAGCCGUACCGGGACGAAACCUUCCGCCCAUCACAACUACAAACACAUGGGAGAGUGAAAAGAUGCACAACACUGUACCCUCAAGACCUGUUCAGAAACCACGGGUUUCUGCGGAAAAGAUUCCUGGUGCAUCGAAUACGGCACCCAUCACGAGGGAAAAACGUGGAAAGAUCAUCAGUAGCAACACCAACAACAACACCAGGAGCACAACAAAAAGUCCAACUGGGCGUACAUAUGCCGGAUCUGCUGGUACUGGCAAUACAAGGAAUAAUCGCGGUGAGGCGAGAAGCCGGAGUGGUGCCAGGAAGAACACGGAUCCGGCUAGUGGUAUGGUAGCCACGAAAAUGCAAAGAAAGGUUAAGAAGGCACCAUAA